CGGUGACGGUGGUGGUGGCGAGGCCCCAGUGUCCCCCCCCAGCUCUCCCUCCGGCUGCUGCUGCUCCGGCCGGCGGGGCCCUCGCAUUCCUGGGCUAUUUUUAGGGUGGUCCUAUCAGCCCAGCUGUCCCCGCUGCCGGCUGCCGCCCCACGAGUGCCUCUCCCGUGCGGUGCCGCGCUCGCCCCGGCGGAAACCCUUCUCCCGGCUCCCUCUGCCAGGGCUGCAGCUCCAUGAGACAUCACCAUGGCGUUCUCAUCCCGGUUUGCGUUCUGGGAGCAGAAGGGAAGUGUCUCUUGCAUGUUUGCCUGCGCCCCACGUUUGGGUCACGCUGCUGACCAGCUCCCCCAGUUUGCCCAGUGCUGGCACCAUGUUUGGAGCAGCACUCCCAGCCUCACUGUGCUGCUGUGACAGGGGCUGUGCUGGGCAGCUGGGAGCCUGGCCAGGGCUGGUGUCACCAGCACAGCCAUGCAUGUGAUCACUAACACCAUCACUAACGGCUUUGUGAGUGUCUGGUGCAGCCCCUAACACAGUGUGAGCCACCCCAGUGCCACCUGCCACCCAGGAGCUGCUGUGUGGUGGGGUGUGUUGCCCCCAGGAUGCACCACACGCUGCCACUGCAGUGUCACAGUGAGUCCUGGCACUCAGAGGCACAGCUCAGGGCAGGGUUUGGCUGCCCACCCCCCAGAGGCCCCUGGUUUCCCUGGGUCAGCAGGGAUCUGGCAUGUCCCACGUGCUGCAGAGAUUAGCUGGUGACACUUAAAACGUGCUGUGACACCGGGUGAGGGGUGACGUGUAGAAUGACAGAAUCCUGCAGGAGGGGUGGUGGGACUCUGAGCCACCUCCCUCACUGACUGCUCAUGAUGAGAGGGCCCAGGCCAGGUGGGCAGAGCAUGUACCUCUCCCACCUUUGGGGUUUGCUAUAAGUAGGGUGCAUCUCUGUGCUUCACCCCCAUUUUUUUGGCUGAUGGGAAGCCUGGGAGGACACAUGCCCUUGUCCCUGCAGUGGGCUGCAAAUUUGGGCUGGCAUGAAGUGAUGGUCCCAGGAGGUUUUCCUGCAGCAAGGCCCCACAGUGGGCUGAAACGUGCUCCUCUUGUUUGUCUGACCCUCAGGUCAAGGACGAGGACAAAUCUUUAGCUGUGAAAAGACCCGUGAAGGAGGAUGGGGCUGUAAGUGUCACAGGGCACGGGCAGGGUGGAGCUUUUGGGGAUGGGGCUUGUCCUUGGUGGGAACAGCCCCUGUGACAGGGCCUUGGGACACCAUGCAGGGUCAUGGGCUUAGUGAUGCCCUGAGCACUGAGUUUUACCCCCAUGCUGUCAGCCUGAGGGUUGAAUGGUCACUGUUUGUGGGGCAGGGAUAUCACCACUGCUCCCUGCCCUGGAAGGGCAUCCACUGUGGUGCUGUAGGUUGGUGGGGAAGGGUGCUGUAUCCCCAGUGCUGGGGCUGGCCAGGAGCUGUGCUCCAUGGCAGGGCAGAGCCCUGGGCACCAUCAUGUCCCAAACAGCAGUGGAGGCUGGACCUCCACUCACACCGCUGUCAUUGUGGCUGCAGUCAGAGAGCCCGAAGGAUGCAGCAUCUGCACCCCCCAAAGCUGAGCCCCCAAAACCUGAGCCUGUGAAGAGCCCCGAACCUGUGAAGAGCCCCGAGCCACCUCCUGGAAGAGGGAAGAGCCCAGAGCCGGUGCUGAACGGGGCAGCUGAGAAUGGGCUGGAGGGCCCAGCCGCCGAGGCACAGGGAGAUGAUGGCCAGGGGCUGUCCCGCCGCAAGGUGGUCCGGGUGGUGCGCAAGGUGGUCCGCAAAGUUCUGCCAGGGGAGGACGCUGGCAGUGCCAAGGAGCCAGGCCGAGAUGCCAAGUCUCCUGAGCCAGUGCCACCCCCGAGGAAGGAGGAAGCAGGCCGUACCGCUGUCCCUGCUCCCCCAGCCCCGCCACCUCCCCCCACCGUGGUGCCUUCAGCCCCUGCCAAGCCGGAACCCAAGGAUGAGAUCUCAGAGGGGCUCAAAACCCUCAUGGCAAAGGGCAAAACCAAGGAGCACCGGCCGCGGCUCCGGCCGGGGGACAGGCAGGAGAAGUCCCGUGAGCCAGCUGGUGGGGACACAAAGCUGUCCCCGUCCCCGGGCGCUGAAGCCAAAGCAGAGCCACCAGUGCAGCUUUCAGGAGGGAAAGCGGAGCCAGCAAAGGCGUCUGCUCUGAAACCCACGGCCCUGGAGAGGCACAAGAAGCUGCAGACCAGCGAGAAGCGGCCGACCCCUGUGAAAAAUGCCCCGGCUGCCCCCCAGCAGGCUGCCCCUGGCCCUGCUCCCCCUGGCCCCGCGUCCGUGCUGAGCCCAUCUGAGGAGGCGCAGCUCCGGCUGGAGAGGAUCUUCACCACUUCUGUAAUUCCAGAGGUGUUGGUGCUUGCGUGUCGCCUUCUCAGGGAUGGGGAGGCAUGGGCAGCGUGUGGCUGCCCCAGACGUGCCAUGUGCUCUGCACACAAUGAUUGUACCCCUGUGUCUGGCUGCCAGCCCCAUGGUCCAUCUGUGGGUGACACUGGCGGCAGGGAAUGGAUGACCAGGGCUGUUGGUGGGUUUGGGGAUCAUUGCCCAGACUAGUGUGCUGGGGAUGGGGAAUUGCCUGCAUCGCUGUAGGGGCCCAGGCACACUGGUGGCUCAUGGAUGAUGUCCUGGUGGUGGUGUGUGAUCUUGGCCAUGCCGGGGCCCUGUGGCUUGUCAGGGUGCUGCUUCUGCUCUCUGCCUCUCACCCCCUCUCUUCUUUCUCUCCUCCUUCCUUGCUGCCAUUAGCUGGACCCCGCCGCCUCCGCCUCAGCACCCAGCCAGGUACUGUACCCCUGUCCUCAGGAACCCUCUGCCUCCACCAGCGACCCCCUGCCAUCCUCUGUCUGCCGCUGGGCUGGUGUCUGCGCCCGUGCCUCCUGCUGGAGUGUAAGGCUUCCCCCAUCCCACCCUGCUCCGUGGGCUGCCAUGGGGCUGGCGGGGGCAGCCGGGGCUGGGUGCUUCUCCCCUCCCUAGAGAGGUCAUGCCAGAAAGCCAGAUGUCCCAGGAGGGUGCCCUCAGUGGAGGUGGCACAACUGGGGCGGGCAGGGGUGUGGAGCAGGGUGUGAAGGGGCAGAGUGCUGGCAUA